GCACCACUAGCCCCCAGUAGUAGUGGCGGUGUCGGUGACCUGACAGGAGGGUGAACCGGUUAGGGCGUGUUGGUUGUGCAGGGUAGAGUAGAAAAGUGGUCGGUCGGUGGGUCGUUGCCAGUAGGUCAGGUCACCACGGGAAAAGGAGCCUUCGAACGAGCCGCGCCGGAUUUGUGUUAAGUUCGAGUUUAAUUGCAACUGCGAAAAAAACUUUUCUGAAGGACUCUACAAUUCGGUACCAGGUUAUCUCUUGUGCCAAACCGCAAAGAGAACUACACUCGAACGCAUUAUCGAAACUAACCCGAAAAUAAAGAACAAAUUAUCCGACCCCUUUUCUUUAUCAGUAAAAUUCAAAUUUCACUUACUAUAAUACUUUACUUCAAACUUAGGAUUAGGGUGGUGCCACUUAAAUAUUACCAUAUUUUCUUAAAUCAGUUCAUAACACCUUCUAAGAGCAACAAAAUUAUUGAUUAUUUUAAACUCAUCAAUUUAAUCCAACCCCAUUUCGUAAACUUACCCAUCAUCAAGUUAUGGCAUACAUUAACUGUUCCUUAUAAUUGACAUAUCAUCAUCUUGCCAUUCAAUCUUUAUAAAUAUAAGCAAUGACUUUUGAAAUUCGGAAGCAGUUUGUGUUAAAAUGUGUUGUGGGUAAACUAGAUGAAGCGUGCUAGUAGUGACGACUAAAAAUCGUGGAGGUGUUUUUACACCAGAAAUUAAUAUUGUUUGUUGGUCAGUUUGCAUACAUCCAUGUGCAUGCUGUUGCAGGAAUCACGCGGAAAGAGGCCCUUCAAGCUAUGGGACGGGCGUCGUAGCGUGCGCAAGGGGCUGGUGGUGGGUAGCCUAGAGGAGUUGGUGCAGAGAGGUCGAGAUAAACUCGGUGUCUCUGUUGGAGAGCCGGUUCGACUCGUACUCGAAAGCGACGGCACCCAAGUCGAGGACGCCGAGUACUUCCGGACGUUGCCGGCCAAUACCAUCUUGCUGCUCCUUAGGCCUGGCGAACGAUGGCUUCCGGCUGGAGUCGACGUCAUACGUGCAGUAGCUAUCUCCGCAAUACCGAAGAUUGUGUGCGAGACCAUCCACGCACUGGAGCUGCACGAUGAGACGCCCUCGUGGAAGAUUAUGGACAACAAGGGUCGCGUGACGGUGGUCCUGCACUGGGAUCAGCGAUCCGGGCCGUCGAGAACGUCCUCGGAGGCGCCGUCGCCGGCCCCAGGCAAGUUCUCACCCAGUAAGCGACCAUCGUUGGUCAUACAAACGUCACUCGGCAAGAAAGAAACAGUCAUUAACGACGUUUACCCACCACAGCCCCCGCAACCACGGUAUUCCAGCCCCCAGAUCACUGUGAUAAACCACGACGACAUCAAGCCGCAGCACCGGCUGCUCAAACAGGGCAGUUCUUUAGAGAGCGCCACCAUCCACAUUCACACUCCCGAGUGUGCUCACCACGCCCAUCAGCCUCGAGCCGGAAGUCCCCAGAGUAAUGGUGCCAUCGAAUGCGACUUUCACUGUUGCGCCCUGCACGAAGAAGGUCGAAAAAUUGCAGUGCACAAGAGCGUUGCGACAUCACCGAUACAAGAUGCUCAACAACAAACGUCGCCGCAGCCGCCGUCGAGACACGUGCGUUUUUUGGAUAUCGAGGGCGGUGGCAGCGGGCGUCACUCCCAAGCGGAUCAGCACGAAAGCUCCGAGAGCGAAACUGAAAACACGGUGAUGGAAGAUGAAGCUAUCACGUCGGAAAAGUUCCUCUUGCUUAUCGACCAGUUGAGCGUUGAUCAGAAGCGGCAUCUCAGCAUCAAAGAUAUUGGCAUCAUAUUGGAACGGUUGAGUUCGAAGAUCUUGGACGUGGAGCGGUUGGAUAGAGAGAGCGAGAGUGACGAUUGUUAUAACUGGACGAUCAAGGCGACGAUAAGAGGCGAUGUCCUGCGAGAGCUAGGCGUUAUAUACAACGGAAAUUAUUACGCCAUCUCCGAACAUCCCGGCUACAAAGAGGAAAAUGAAGGCGGAGUAGAGGAAGUUGAAGAAGAGGAAGAGGAGGAAGACCGGCUGUGAGCUAACUUGACUGCCAAAGUAAUUUGUAAAACUUGAACACUGCUACGACAAGCAAAAAUCUGUAUGGAAAUCUCCAUAUUGUCGCAAAGCACAAAAACUCAGACGAAGAUACAAUUCGAAAAUGAAGCCGGUACGCAACCACAUAUCGAAUCCGAAGCGAAUAAUCGAUAUGAGCUACCAGCAGAUUAUAAAAAUACUAAAGAAUAUUAUAAUAGUUGUUGAUAUAGCAAAAUUUUAAAUAAAGUAAAAAAAUCGAAACGACGACAUCUACAAAACCUAUCAUCCCCAUCAUCAGUCAUCAUCGUAGAAGAUCACCGUAGACAAUCGACAAGCGAUUUAAUUUCUUGUGCACGACGUAAUAAAAUUAACAAAAAAUGCGUGUUCCACGUGUGUUCGUUAUUUAAUAAAAAAUAAUCAUAAACAGAAAACGAAAAUUAUAAGGUCUACCAACUUUUUUUUUAACUUAGAACAAUUGAUUUUAUUUUCUGGACUUGGUCGCGGCGUACCAAAUGAAUAAAACUACCACUGAAGACUACCGAGAGGGUUUAAUAGGUCAUAAUUGCUUUAUACUUUUUAUAAAUUAUGUGUACCGAGUACUUAGCCGAAGGUUACUUAUUUUUAAGAUAAUAUAUGAAAUAGUCGAGGUAUAGAAUAUAUUUAUAAACGAGUUGUUUAGGAUAUUGAAGAUAUUUAUAAAUGGAUACAAAAGAAUAUGUACAUUGCUCAAUUGUCCUUUUUAUUUUUAUUUGUAUAUUCACUUGACGAUAUAUAUUAUAUAUAUACUAAACAUAAAUAACGAUCAAUUCGGGUUUGUUGUGAUGGACGAAGGAAGAAUGAAGAAUUAUUACCUAUUAUCUAUCAUCAGACUGUUAAGACAAUUUGGGACUCUCAUACCGUGUGUGAGGUGAGACGCAGUAGGUCUACAUUAGAUGAUGAACUGUGUACCGUUUCCGUUGAUGUUACAGAACUAUUUUUUGUUCGACAACGGAAUAAUGGGUCAUAUACACGCAUGUAUGUAAGACUAUCAGUGCCAAAAUACAACAUAAUAUAAAACGCGCACGCAUUGUACAGUGGAUUGAUUGUUUUCUUUUACGAAUUGUGAAUGCCGGGUCGUCGUCAACAUCGACGUCCCUUCCAUCUUGGACAUCAACGGUGAAAAGGGUGAAGAGGUCGAAAAGCGAAUCCAGUCCGCAACAGUUGACAAUCAUUUGGGUAGCGGUUGGAGUGAUUAAGUCCAGAAUGGAGGUGGGCGUCUCGACGUUUUGAUAAACGUUAUCGUUGUUUGUGUUUUUUUUGGAUCAAGGGGCUUUCCAGGUAACGUUUAUACUUUAUUAUCACGUUUUGUAUUUAUUCAAAGGUGGUCAAUUGCAAUAAAACGAAUGAAUCAAUCGCAAAAUAAA